AUGGGAGCAUCAGAGUCGACGCUCUUAGGCGGUCAGGAAAAUCGAGGUGGAGAUGUGAUUACGACCAUCUCUCAUCGGUCCGAAACAGUCGAUCCCAUUCUCGAGAAUCUUAAAUCUCUGACAGUUAGUAGGCCAAUAUUGAAGUCACCUCCCACGGAAAGUAGCUUAACGGACAUAUUAGUGAGAAAAGCACUAUCGAGUUCCUCUUCCAAUACGGUGGAUCCUGAAAUACUUUUAGAGCUCUUCUCCAUUUACCGAGAAUGGCAAGAGAGCAAAGCUAAAGAAAUAACCAAGAAACAGGAAGAUAUAGAAAACAAGAUAGAAGUGGCAGAUGCUUUGGCGAGUAAACUUCUACAGAGGUUUAACCACUCAGUUUCUGCAAUGAGAACGACUUCCCAGCAUUUAUCUCAAGUUCAUGGUUUGCAGGUGGAGCUCGGGGAGCUUAAAGGAAGGUUAACUGAGGUGAUAAGCAACUGUGAUACAUUAUGUAAGAGAAUUAAUUCUGAGGGACCUGAAUCUCUAAGGUCAACAGUGACGCCUUUUGCUCUUGCAUCACCUGAUUCGGUUAGUAUAAACACUACUACUCUGUCUCCUAAACAAAGAGGCGUGAGAGUAAAUACUCUUAACGAUAGAUAG